AAAAUUACUGGAUCUCUAUUCCUUUUAUAUAGCUUAUUUAUUUAGUAUGACAUUGGAUUCUUUAGAGAAUUUAGAAAAUAGUUAUGAAAUUGUUGAUGAUAAAACCACCUUAGAUCCAACUGAAAUAUCUUCAUUUUCAAGACCACGCCGUUUACAUAAAAUAUCUAUUAAUACUGGGCCAAAGGGCGUCAUUCAUGAUGCCAAUUCAUCUAGAAUGCUUAAAAUAACCAAUGAAAUAGAAGAAAAAAAAGAAAUAUUAUUUAAACAAUUAUCUAUAAAAAGCCGAAUAAAUAUUGGAGAUCAUAGAUUGAAUAAUAAAGAUGAUUUAUUUGAAAAAUCAAAUCCAAGAAAUAUAGAAGAAUUGGAUUGUACAAGCCUUUUAGAAGUAAUAGAAAAUUGUAAAAAAGUCCUUAUAUUAAUACAUGAUGAAUCUGAAGAAAGUAAAAUAAUUGAAGAUUGUUUUUCAGAGAUAGCGACUCGUUAUACAUCUAUAGAAUUUAGAAAAAUAUUUCAUGAGAAGGUAGAAAUGGACUCAGUAGGUGUACCAGCGAUUUUAGGAUAUCAAGAUGGUGAACUUGUUAUAAAUAUGAUAAGAGUUAUAGAUGAAAUUUGUCCAGGUAAAAAUGUUGUAGCAGAUGAUCUAGAAGAAAUUUUAAUAAGAAAUUCAUCUUUUUUUGCCUAAUGGCUUAUUUUCAAGAGAUAUUA